AUGAUGCGAGCCGCGUUCGACAUCUACGAGCACCCCGAGCUCUCCAACUCGGAGCGCCCUGUCGUUCUUCGCGGUGUCGACGUGUUACGAAUUGUCCUGGGCAUUUGGCUCGUCUUCGUCUUCGCAUUUGUGAGCCUUUCGUUGUUGUUCUGCCUUCUUGCUCCCUCUCCAUCCAUUCCUUUCCACGAUGGCGAUGACGAUGGUGUUGGCUUAUUCAAACCCUGCCCCGCAGAGUAUUCUCCUGCGAUCGGACCCCCAUGGCUACCCAUCGCAUUGCAUUCAUCUCUAUUCAUCCGUUCUCAUGCUGACUUCCACCUCUAUCAGCCCCUUACUCCGCAACCUGCUGUACCCCGCACCUCUUCCACAUCCCCUUCCAUCCCAUAUCAUUCUCUCAAUCAACUCGACAACCUCGGAGAUCUCGUGUACGCCCCUGCGGACGCCUCGGAAGUCUAA